GCUGUGUCUCAGCUGGAGGAGAUGCUCAAUAAAGAGAUUAAGAAGCUGGUCGCUGAGUUUGAGCUGAAGAGGGUCCAGCAGUAUGCAGUGGAUGUGACUCUUGAUCCUGAUACAGCACAUCCUGAACUUAUACUGUCUGAUGAUGGGAAACAAGUGAAACAUGGUGAUGUGAAGAAGAAUCUCCCAGACAACCCAGAGAGAUUUUCUUGCUGUUUUUUUGUCUUAGGAAAGCAGAGUUUCUCUUCAGGCAGAUUUUACUUUGAGGUUCAAGUUAAAGGAAAGACUAACUGGGAUUUAGGAGUGGCCAGAGAGUCGGUCAACAGGAAGAAAAACAUCAGAAUGAGCCCUCAGUGUGGUUACUGGACUGUAUGUAUGAGAAAUGGAAAUGAGUAUGAAGUUCUUGCCGGCCCUCCAGUCCGUCUCUCUCUGAAGUCUCAGCCUCAGAAGGUGGGGGUGUUUGUGGAUUAUGAGGAGGGUCUGGUCUCCUUUUAUGACGUAGAUGCUGCAGCUCUUAUCUACUCCUUUACUGGCUGCUCCUUCACUGAGAAACUCUUCCCAUACUUCAGUCCCUGUAGGAAUGAUGAUGGUAAAAACUCUGCACCUCUGAUCAUCUCUCCUGUCAGAGUAAAAUAAUCACCAGUGUUGGGGAGUAGUAAAGUACAUGUAAUUAAACUAGUAGUUUAACUACAUUUUGCAGUAGCUUGCUGGACAUUGAUAUUUGCAUAUUGACUCAGCUAGUUUAAUUACUUUUUUGCCAUUUUUCCUGUAGUUAAUUUUUGAAACUACAAACAUUUUUGGACCAUUAGGGGAAAGAAAUGAUUUUUCAUUUUUAUUUCAUCAUUGCUUUUCUGCUUUAAACGCUCAUUCACCACUAUUGGUCAGAAGUAUUGAUUAUUACUAUGUAUUAAAAAUACUUGAAGAAGUUGUUGCAUAUUAUUUUAGAAGUUACCUGGCUAACUGGUGCAACACCCCCUCCUGGACUCUAGUUUCUGAGGGCAGCUGUCUGAGUUACAGAAACCCAAAGCUGACAUUCCUGUUACUCUCCUAUGAAUAGUGGAGGAAAACACAAGCAGUGGUGAAAAGAACAGUAUGUCAGUUGGAGAUGGAGGGAUCACAGCCAAAUCUUUUGCAAAGAUACAGAGUUCAGAUAAUCUGUCAGAAGAAGGGAAAGGAUAGUGAGUCAGAGUCCAGGUGUGUUAAACAGGAAGGAAGUAACAGAUGAUGUAAUUGAUGAACCAUUCACUUUGGCAGAGAUGUAGAGAGCAAUAAACAAAUCAAGACCAACCUCACCAGGGGAAAAUCAGCUAUGCUAUGUUAUGCUAAAGCACCUAGGCGAAGGGGCACUCUUGAAGUUGCUGCACUUUUAUAAUGAGUGUGGGAGGAGGGAAGAUUACCAUGUGCGACCUUUACCAUUAACCAAGCUGAGUUUGUAUCCCAUCACACAGGCAGCAUGUUAAUCUGACACUUUCAUGUCUUCAACUCUGCAUCAUGACACAAACUUUAUGUGGAGAAUAUCUAUUUAAACCUGUGUUAAACCCACAGACAUUUACUCUCACUGACAGAAGAAAUCACUGUUUGUAAAGACGCCAAAUAUGUCAGGCUGCAGUUUGACUUUGAACAAAUUUUUCUUUUAGAUUUUUUUACUUGAAUGUUUUGUCUGGGAAGUGGUUUGA